CCCUAUAAAAUGCCCCAACUGGGGUUUCUCACAACAUCAAAAGCACUGAACUUUGUGUUCCCUCCUACAAAACUUUCCAUCAUUUUCUCAUCAUCCAAACAAACCGUCAAAAACCGUCAUGAAUGGAAAGAAGCUCGAGUACAAGGGAGAGGAGGCGUUGAAGGAGAUUGAGAGACUGACAAAACAUGCCGAUGAAGUUCAACAAAACAUCCUUAAAGACAUCUUAAAGCAAAAUGGCGACACAGAAUAUUUGAAAAACUACAUUAAAAUUAACGAAAAAUGUUGUUCUUCAGACGACAUCGUUGCAGAAUUUAAACGUUGUGUUCCUGUUGUCACUUUUAGUCGCAUUUUCCCUUACAUUCAGAGAAUUGCAAAUGGCGAAGACUCUUCUCUUAUUAGUGGCCAUAAAAUAACUGAGCUGUUAUGCAGCUCGGGGACUUCUAAUGGUAAGCCUAAGAUGAUGCCAUCAACUGAAGAAGAUCUCGACCGUCGCACGUUUCUUUAUAAUCUCAUCAUGCCUAUAAUGAACCAGUACAUCUGUGAUUUGGACAAAGGGAAGGCCAUGUUCUUAUACUUUGUGAAGCAAGAAACCUCCACACCCUGUGGCCUACCGGCUCGCACGGUGCUGACCAGCUACUACAAGAGCAAGCACUUCAAAUGUCGUGCCCGUGACGACCCUUUCAAUGACUUCACUAGCCCCGACCAAACCAUCCUCUGCAAUGACUCCAACCAAAGCAUGUACUGCCAACUUCUCGCCGCCCUCCUCCACCGCCGUCAUGUCCUCCGCCUCGGCGCCGUCUUUGCCUCCGCCUUCCUCCGUGCCAUCUCCUUCCUCGAAUGCAACUGGCUUCUCUUAUGUAACGACAUCCGCUCUGGCCAGCUCAAUCCAAUCAUUACCGACCCCAGUUGCCGCUCUGCCAUGACGACAUUGCUCUCGUCACCUAACGCAACCCUAGCUGACCAGAUCGAUGGCAUUUGCAGGCGAGAGUCAUGGAAGGGGAUUCUAUGCCGACUUUGGCCACGAGCGAAGUACAUCGAGGCGGUGGUGACAGGGUCGAUGGCGCAGUACGUGGCAGCGCUGGAGUAUUACAGCGGCGGGAAGCUGCCGUUGGUGUGCACGAUGUAUGCUUCAUCGGAGUGCUAUUUUGGGAUAAACUUGAAGCCAUUGUCGAAGCCGGGAGAGGUGACAUUUACAUUGUUGCCGAACAUGUGUUACUUUGAGUUGUUGCCGUUGGGAGAAAACGGUGAGGUGUGGACGGAGGCUUACGGUCAGGACGAGGAAGUGCCGCCGAGCAAGCUCGUCGGCUUGGUUCAUGUCAAGAUUGGUUGCUUUUAUGAACUCGUCGUCACAACCUUCUCCGGGUUGAACCGUUACCGGAUCGGCGACGUAGUCCAGGCGAGAGGGUUCCACAACAGAGCACCACACUUCCGAUUCAUCUGCAGAAGGAACGUCGUUCUCAGCAUCGACAGCGACAAGACCAACGAACAAGACCUCCACAAAAGCAUCGCCAUAGCCAAGAAGCUUCUCGAGCCCUACAACGCUCUUCUCGUCGAAUACACCAGCUUCGCCGACACCUCCUCCGUCCCUGGCCACUACGUCUUGUACUGGGAGAUUCGCCUUUACUCUCCAAAUCUCAACUCCACCGCCGUCCUCGAUUUCUCGAUCGUGCUUCAGGAUUGCUGCAUUGCCGUCGAAGAACACCUGGAUUACGUGUAUCGAAGGUGCAGAGCCAAGGACAAGUCGAUCGGGCCGCUGGAGAUUCGUCUCGUUAGGGUUGGAACGUUCGAUGCGUUGAUGGAUUUGAUCAUCGCGCAAGGGGGAUCGAUGAAUCAGUAUAAGACGCCGAGGUGCGUUAAUUCUAACUCUGCUGCGAUUGGAUUGCUGGAUGCUCAUUUGGAACGCUCGGUUUUUAGCCCUAGGGAUCCGAUUUGGGUUCCCUGAUUGAUUGAUUAAUUGAUUGUAAUUUGAGAUGCUCUGCUUCUGGAUGGAUUGUGUUUUCAUUGAAUUUUUAAAUUUUAGACUCCCUAAUUAACGUGAGAAUUAAAUAUUUGUAUUUGAUAUUACAUCAUAAAAGCAAUUUGUGGCUACAUUCAUCCAA